AUGCAGGAAUUAGCAGCCAAGAAAGAAAAAGCUGAAGAAAAGAAAAAGCAACUGCGGUAUCUGAUUGGUGUCGAAGAAGAAAGGAAGAGAGACGUGUCUGUGGAGACGAUAAUUACGCCGGAAGAUGAACUUACAGUGAGCGAUCGAGUCUCCACUGAGAGCUUGGUUCAUCCGUGUUUGCGCGAGAUAGAUAUCAGCGAAUCUCAGCUGAAGAUACUGAAUCCGUACACGGUGUACCGAGUCCCAGAUGACCCCGGAUUAUCGCCAGCUUUCUGGCUGCUACGCGAACGCCCGCCGAUCUACGGCACGGAUGGUGUGCAGAAAUUUUACGACAUGGUAAAGCGUGCUGGUAUAAGGUCGAUUGCUUCGUUAAAGGAUCUGCUUAUAACCGAUCAGAUAGAUUUACGAUACUACGGACUCGAAUCCCAAGUAAUGAGAGCGAUCUGCGAGGCUCUGAUGGACAAUACUUAUGUACGAAAAGUGGACCUCAAGGACAAUAAACUAUCUGCAGACGCAUGCAAACACCUAAACAAUUUGCUGCUUAGGAACAGUAUGAUAAUUAAUUUGUCGCUAUCGGGUUGCCAAAUUGGCGCGAGCGGUGCGGAAAAAUUAUACAAUGCAAUAUCGACGAACGCGACCCUGAAGACGCUUGAUCUCAGCAACUGCAAUAUCGGAAAUGAAGGCUUCGAGUACAUUGCGUCUGCAUUAUCAAAUAAUCAGGGUUUAGAAAGCAUUGAUUUAUCGAAUAAUAAUCUGGACGAGUCGUGCGCCGAAAAUCUACGAAAUCUACUAUCAUACAAUGAAACUUUGACGCAUCUAAAUUUAUUCUGGAACUCUUUGUAUAGUGCUAAAACUUGGAAAACUUUGAUCAAGGGGUUCGAGAAAAACGAGACACUGCGUUCUCUAAAUUUAUCUUGGAACGGACUUGGAGUAGAGUGCUUGCCUUAUCUAUCUCAAUUAUUAUCGCGUUCACGGAGCAUUGACAAGUUGGACUUAAGUUGCAAUAGAUUCACCGAAAAAGACGCUAUACGGAUCGCAAAAGCUCUGUCUACAAAUAAUACGCUCCAAGAAUUAUAUUUGGGAAACAAUCCUGUAAAAGCAGAAGGUGCUUUAGCUCUGGUUCAUGCGAUCACUCCACAUGUAUCACCUGACAAUGUUUUACAUCUUCUGGAUUUGGAGAACGUUUGGGCGAAUAAGGAUAUUCUUCACGAGUUGGAGGCAAUCAAAAUGCUCAAACCCGAAGUCAAAGUCAAGUUACGUGGUAUUCUAAGCAAUUAUCAACUCGUUGGACCAGAUAUUAAGAAAAUACUUUUGAAAAGAGCAAAUUACGAAGCAAUGGCACCAAAAAUAAAAAGGAGAAAACGUAACUUUGGCCAUUUCGUAAUGUCGUUGAGUGAUAAAAUGAUUUCGCAAGAGAAAUUUAUGGCGUUAAUAAAGAAAUUUAAACUAAAACUUUCAAAAUCACUCAUCAAUGAAAUUAUGCUUGCAUUUGAGGGGCCAAGAGGUACUGUCGAUCAAGGACAAUUAAAAUCAUUUUAUGUAAAGGAGUUUUCAGAAGCAACGGUGAACUAAAACUGCAGAAGAAAAUAAAAUUUCAAGAAAACACUAAAAAAAUAUGAAAAUUAAAU